AUGCAUUUACAAAUACUUCUUUUGCUCGCACUCCUCUCUUCUAUCACCGCCACAGAGCCUAUAAAAAUACCGGGCCACCAUGUCGAAACUACCAUCAGCCCCCGAGCCCGUCCCGAUGCCCCUAGUGGCAGUUAUGCCCCGGCCGUCGUGCCGUGUCCAGCUGAGAAGCCCAGCAUUCGUCGCGCCAACACACUCUCAAAGAGGGAGACCGACUGGCUCGCCAAACGCCGCGCAAACACCGUCGACCCUAUGAUCCAGUUUUUGAACCGGGCUGCCAUCGAAGGAUUCGAUGCCGAGGCUUACAUCAAGAAUGCCGCCGCUGGGGUCAGGGACCUGCCCAAUAUCGGCAUUGCCAUCUCCGGAGGAGGCUAUCGUGCCUUGAUGAAUGGCGCCGGUUUCUUGUCCGCUGCUGAUAGCCGUAUCCCCGGCACCACCGACAAAGGUGGAAUUGGCGGUCUGCUCCAGGCCAGCACCUACCUGGCCGGUCUUUCAGGCGGCGGCUGGCUGGUGAGCAGCUUGUAUGCCAACAACUGGACCGCUGUUGAGACGCUUCGCAAGGGCGGGAAAGACAGCAACAUUUGGCGCUUCCAGGACUCCAUCUUCAAGGGGCUUGAAGUGCCCGGCAUCUUCGAUACAGUCAGGUGCUGGGCGGAUAUUGUUGAGCAGGUCGCCCAGAAGAAGGACGCGGGCUUUGAGACGUCCAUCACCGACUACUGGGGCCGCGCGCUUUCGUACCAGCUCAUUGACGCCCCUCAUGGCGGUCCGUCAUACACCUUCUCCAGCAUCGCGCAGGACAACGACUUCUCCAAGGCCCAGACGCCCUUUCCUAUGCUAGUUGCCGACAACAGGGCCCCAGGGACGAAAAUCAUCUCCAUCAACUCCACCAUCUUUGAGUUCAACCCGUUUGAGAUAGGCUCCUGGGACCCAACUACCUACGGCUUCGCGCCCAUUGAGUACCUUGCCUCUAACUUCUCUGGCGGCCUGAUACCGUCCUCUGGCAAGUGCGUACGUGGCUACGACUCGCUCAGUUACAUCUUCGGUACCGGCAGCUCGCUCUUCAACGCCGCCCUGCUCAAAAACUUGACCGGUGUUGACGGGUUGCCCAAGGUUCUUACCGAAACCGUGACCGAGAUCAUGAAGACCCUCGACGCCGAUAAUGACGAUGUCGCCCAGUACGUCCCCAAUCCCUUCUUGGGUUGGAACAACGCCACCAAUCCCACCCACGACACCCUAGAACUCGACCUUGUCGACGGCGGCUUGGACAAGCAAAACAUCCCGCUACACCCACUUAUCCAGCCCUUCCGCGCCGUCGACGUCAUAUUCGCCGUGGACUCCUCCGCCGACACGAUCUACUCCUGGCCAAACGGCUCGGCCCUGCGCGCCACCCACGCUCGCACCAAGUCCGCCAUGGGCAACGGCACCCUCUUACCCGUCGUCCCCGACGAUACAGCCUUCCUCUCGUUGGGCCUCAACAACCGGCCCACUUUCUUCGGUUGCGACAUCAACAACUUUACCCUCACCGACCCACAGGCCACUAUGCCACCGCUAGUCGUGUACCUCCCUAACGCGCCCUAUACCCACAUGUCCAACUACAGCACCUUCACGCCGUCGUACAGCAGGCAGGACAUUGACGGCGCCAUCCUCAACGGGUUCAACGCCGCGACCCAGGGCAAUGGCACGUUGGACCGCAACUGGCCGGCAUGUGUCGCGUGCGCAGUUAUGAGCCGGAGCUGGGCGAGAACGCGCACCGCGGUGCCUGCCCAAUGCGCCAGCUGCUUUCAGAGGUAUUGUUGGAAUGGGACCGUCGUUGUGGGCGCCAAUGUUGUGGCUGGCGGCGGUGGCGCCGAGUAUCAGCCUGCGUUCAAAAUUGCCGAUGGGAGUCACUCGGCGGGUGUUCGGAGGGUGGGUUUGUCGGCGUCGGUGUUGAUGGUGGCCGUUGUGGCGUUUCUGGUGGCAUUGUAA